AUGCUUCACUUUGAAAGAGCGGCGGAUGCCGGUGCCGUCAGCCCGCCUCUGCCACAGGCAGCAGGUUAUGUCGUUGUGAUUGCAAUUGGUUUCUUAAUUGCUUUCAUCAUGAUAUUUACGACCCACUUGUUGAAGAAAACGAUUGGAGAAGACAAUAGGACCACUGAAAUGUUCAUGACGGCGAACCGAUCUGUCGGUACGGGAUUGACAGCUUCGGCUGUAGUAUCAUCAUGGCUCUGGAGCACUGCAAUGUUAGGAAGCACCCUUGUAGGGUAUAAUUUCGGUGUUGCAGGACCAUUUUGGUUUGCUGCUGGAUGCUCACCUAUGAUUGUUUUCUUUGCUUUACUUGGCAUAGCAUGCAAGUUGCGUGUGCCUGAAGCUCACACAUUACUCGAGAUUGUGAGAAUACGAUAUGGUACAGCGGGACACAUUGUGUGGAUUGCACUAUGCUUGAUCAACAACAUCAUUGCCAUUGCCAACAUGCUUCUUGGAGCAAGUGCAGCUAUAACAGCGCUCACCGGAAUGCACAUUAUUGCUGCAACCUUUUUGCUUCCCGUUGGCGUCAUUCUAUACACUUUCGUCGGCGGCAUCAAAGCAACCUUCUUGACCGACUACUUUCACACUUUUGUCAUCACAGUCAUCAUCUGUUUCUUCACAAUCAAGACUUUUGCUGUUCCUGAGAUUGGUUCUCCUGCAGGUCUCUUUGAGCUCAUUGUCAAAGCUGGGCAAGAUCACCCCGUGCCUGGAAACGAAGGUGGCUCUUAUUUGACCAUGACUAGCAAGAAUGCUAUUCUGUUUGGCAUCAUCCAUAUCUUGGCCAAUUUUGGCCUCGUUAUCAUGGACACUGGUUUCUUCGCAAAAGCUUUCAGCGCUGCUCCUCAAGCGGUAGUCCCCGGAUAUAUCGUUGGUGGUAUUGCUUACUUUGCAAUUCCGUGGUGCCUCGGCACUUUAAUGAGCUUCUCUGCUCUUGGUUUAGAAAACACAGUACGGUUCCCGACAUACCCUCGGAGAAUGACUCCAGAAGAAGUCUCCAAUGGGUUGGUCAUGCCUUAUGCUGCAUAUGCCAUUGCUGGAAAGGGUGGAGCUGUUGCAGUACUGUUGGUCACUUUUAUGGCUGUCACGUCGACCAUCAGUGCCCAAGUCAUCUCUGUAUCAUCCAUCAUCAGCUUUGACAUUUACCGCCAAUACUUUAACAAGGCCGCCACGGAUAGGGAUGCAAUUCGAUGGAGUCACAUUGGAGUCGUAUUCUUUGGACUAUUUUCUGCAGCCUUCUCCACUGCGCUUUUCUAUGGAAACGUGAAUCUCGGCUGGACACUGUACAUGCUUGGUGUUUUGACAUGCCCUGGAAUCUUCCCCACUGUAUUCACGAUUCUAUGGAAGAGACAGUCCUGGGCUGCCGCUAUCAUAUCGCCACUGCUGGGCAUGGCUACUGGCAUUGCUGUUUGGCUCGGCUCGGCUCAUGCCUUAUAUGGUGAAGUUACUGUGGCUUCAACUGGACAAAGUCUGCCCUGCGUUUACGGAACUGUGGCAUCAGCGCUAAGCCCUGGGCUUUAUUCCAUUGUCAUCUCGCUCAUUAGGCCGGCCAAUUAUGACUGGGCAGACUUCCGAAAAGAACGCUUGGCUUUCAGCAAAACAGCCAGUGCCGAUGCUCAAGCCACUACUGACUCCAAAACCCCAGAGGUCACGGUGUCGGAUUACUCAGAAGAUGCCGCCAAGUUUUCGAAAUGGGGGAAAAUUGCUGCUUUCUGGGCAGCCGCAACCUUCUUGGGCCAUUGGGUACUAUGGCCACUUCCUAUGUACGGCUCAAAAUAUAUAUUUGGCAAAGGCUUUUUUGUCGCCUGGAUCGUUGUUGCGAUAAUAUGGGUUUGGUGCACCAUGCUGAUUGCUGGGUUUUAUCCCAUUAUCGACGGUAGAAGACAGCUGCAACUAGUUUUUACUAUCAAUGACCCCAAUAUGUACCAAACUUGGAAUCUCCAGAAACGACUUUAA